AUGGCCGAUCUGCUGCUCCAAACCCGUGCGGUUCCUACCCACUCGAAGCCCAAGUCUCCCGUCAAGUCGAACACGAAAGCGAAGCGUCCACCGAGCGUGUCCUCGUCGGCUCCAGCGGUCGUCAGUACGAUUCAAAAGGCCAUCAAGCAGGCCAAUGAUACUUGGUUAUGGUGCAAGGAUGGUUUGACAGAAGACCAGCGCCAAAAGGUUCAACAGUUGGAAGAAAGGAAACAUCAUUUGGGUCUGCGCAUGCAAAAUGCCGAGUCUCACGCGCAAUGGGAGGCUGCCGCGAAGGAACUUGACGUUCUCGAAGGAAACGACGAGUGGAAACGAGACGCAUCGUCGGGCGACUACAACCCCAAGUUGAUCAAGGAGCGUCUACAAGCCCUUGACGAAGCCCGCACCAAAUGCGACGUUCAUACCAUGAUGCACUUGAUACGCACUGCCCUGUCUCGAGAUCUUGGUGGCAUGGAUAACGUUGAUCUCUACCGACACUCAUACUCGGGAACGAAGCAUCUCAUCGAGCGCUACGUCGAGUCCACAAUACAUACAAUUGAGGCUGUUGUCACGCAAAGUCGACUUGACCAGAGUGUUGAGUAUCGCGACUUGCUUGAAGGCAUCCUAUUUGCUCGGCAGAGCUUUGGCCGCAGCGCAUUGCUCCUGUCAGGUGGUGGCACCUUUGGCAUGUCCCAUAUUGGCGUGUUGAAGGCCCUGUUUGAGGCACAGCUUCUGCCAAGGAUUAUUUCAGGUGCAAGCGCCGGAAGUAUUGUUUGCGCCGCCAUGUGCACGCGAACAGACGAGGAAAUCCCUCAGUUGAUCGAGGAGUUUCCCUACGGAGACCUUUCUGUAUUCGAGAGUCCCGAUGGCACGGACGGCGUUUGGAACAACUUGCGCCGUCUGCUCACCGAAGGGAGUUGGUCCGACAUCAAGCACCUUACUAGGGUCAUGAGAGGCUUGAUGGGUGACAUGACCUUUCAAGAGGCUUACAACCGAACACGCCGAAUCCUCAACAUUUGCGUCUCGACGGCCUCCAUGUAUGAGCUGCCGAGACUGCUCAACUACGUCACGGCUCCGAAUGUCAUGAUCUGGUCCGCUGUCGCCGCUUCAUGUUCGGUUCCUCUCGUCUUCAACGCGUCGCCUCUUCUCGUCAAAGAUCCCAUCACGGGCGAGCAUUUGCCAUGGAACCCAACUCCACAGCGCUGGAUUGAUGGCUCAGUGGACAAUGACUUGCCCAUGGCGCGCCUCUCGGAAAUGUUCAACGUGAAUCACUUUAUCGUUUCCCAAGUGAAUCCCCACGUCGUCCCCUUUCUUGCCAAGGAUGACCACUUGUCCCCUCAAAGAAAGCCGGAACGCCCCCAGCAAGUCAAUGCCGACGAGUUUGACUGGAUGUACACGUUGACAUCUCUAGCGAGGGACGAGGCGCUUCACCGACUUCACUUCCUGGCUGAGCUUGGCAUCAUGCCCAACCUUGCCACCAAAUUUCGCAGUGUCCUCAGCCAGAAGUAUUCUGGUGACAUCAACAUCCUACCCGAGAUGAGCAUCAACGACCUCCCACGCCUGAUGCGAAAUCCGUCGCCCGAGUUCAUGAUGCGAGCGUGUCUCGUGGGUGAGCGGGCGACCUGGCCCAAACUGAGCCGGAUACGAGACCGAUGCGCUAUUGAGCUGGCCUUGGAUCGCGCGGUGCAUAGACUCCGGGCCAGAGUCAUCUUUUCCGAGAGCCAGCGGGACCUGCGUCGCCUGAAUGUCACCAUGGGGAACAUUCCCCUCAAGAUCCCUCCCACAGCACAAGCAGGACAAGCGGCAGCGGCGUCUGCGGAGACAAAGAACCAGAAGCGACAUCGUCGGAAGUCUGGAAGCAGCCUCCUCGUGGCUCCCAGACAAUGGUUACUGGUCGACGAUGCCAUCACCGAUGACGAGACGGAACAAGAGGAACGACUCGAGAUGGAGUCCCGCCGAAGCCAGGUCGGAUCAUCUCUUUCGCAGCGCAAGCCUCGUCUGAAGAGAGCAUCUAGAAGCCAAGUUCACAUUCACACCCGAGCUACACUGGCAUCCUCAGUUCACGCCGAGGAAACCAACCCAGGCUUUAACUUUUCGAAGCCCAUAACUCCACCUUUGAAGGGGGUGGAUAACGAUACAGAGGUGGCAGUAGAUGAAGAGCCGGAGGAAGCAACUCCAGAACCUUGGUCUGCACCAGCAUGGCAGCCACGCACAAGCAUUUCACCGCCUGCUGAAGAAGCUGAAACAAGCGAAGCAUAUCAUUCCAGCGACGCCCACAGAGAUGACACGGACAUUAGUGAUCCCGAGCCAUACGACGUACAUCAAAUCUCAAACACUCCAAACAAAGCCCUCAGCGUAGAGAGUCGAGGACGUUACGGCCCAGAGGAGAGGGCAGGCUGGAUUCUCUGGGACUAG